ACCACUAACGAUACAGUGUUUUACGGGAAGUAAAUGUAAAGUUAUUGUUAUAUAAAAUGUGAUAAAAAUAAAAAGGUUUUGUGUAAAUAUUUUAGAAUAGUGGGUGAAAAAGUCUUCUGGUUGUGAUGUCAAGUGCUGAUUCAUCUGUUAGGAUGAGGGUAGAGAAAGGUAUAACGACCUUUUAAGGGGAUAGUGUAUUGAGUUCUGUUUUGCAGCUUAGUCAUAUAGUAUGCACCUACAAUUUUAUAGCUGCUGCCCACUGCAGAAACCACAGACAUAGAUAAUACACUUUAAGUGCAUUUGCUCUAAAUGAAUUACCUUUAUGACAUUCAAGAAGCUAUAAACCAAAAGAGGUACGUCUUGUACAUUCCAUGAUUCACCUUAAGGACAUGUUGGAGUUUCCGAGCUUUGGUAUCGCUUAAGUGGUUUGUUUUUUUUAGACUCUGCCAGCUCUCCUUUGUCUGCAGCAGAGAUGAGCAGCAGCGGUUUACCUCUCAGAGAGGUGUUGUAUUUUGUCUUUUAAGGUUGGCUGCAGACUGAGACCCCUCUCCGCUGCUCCUCACUGUAAACAUAAGUCACGCUGUAAUGAAUGUGUGAUGGCUGGAGAGUCGGAGCAGACUAAGUGCACUGACGUCCCCUGUGUUCUCGUUGUCCAUCAGCCCUCUGUUGUUCCUCACAACCAUUUACAGUCAUCUCUGUUUGGGACAAAGCUGUGUGCUGCACUGACGAAAAUACCAACCACAGCAGCAUACUGGAACACAAUCACGGUCUCUUGUUUCAUCCAAUCAUACGUUCAUGUGUUUAAUUAAAUUUUCCGCAACUUCAUCGAAAAUUCAGUCAAAUCAAAACUAAAGAGGUAAACUAAAAGUGAUGCAGUUCUGUAAUUCAUGUGUUUUGAUGAUGCUGUCAUCACUGGUUUUAGUACCGUGUGGGGAACGUGUCAACAUUCCUGACACAAUCCUAACUUCUGCCCCACAGACACUGGAAUUAAUUAAAUUAAAGAACAACGUGCGAAACCUGCACAAUAGAGGGAAACAUGUUUGAGUUUAACAUCGAUUUCAUCUAACUUUUCAAUUCAUGUGCACAUGCUGAUGUUACACAGGGGUUGAAACAAAUCAUUCAAUUAUUUCUUGGAGAAUUUUGACCUUUGUGCACCAAGUUAAAGCUGGUUACACACUUUAAAAGUGAGACAUGGACUCAGCAGCAGUGACUGUUGGAGGUGUAGAUAUUUGCAUGUAAACAACUGUGAGUAAAUAAAUACUUUAGAGGCUUUGACUGCAAGAAUUCUGGCUCUGUGAAAACCGGACUCGCUGCACAAUUCACAAACAUUAUGAGGAGACACUUUGACACAUAAACAAGAUCAACAGCUGCGCAGCACUAAACAGAGGUUAAAUGUUUAAAGCUAACACUGUUGUUGGGUGAAAGACUACAUUUUACUUGAUGAAAAUUUACAAUAAGCUUUUCUAUUCUUUAUAAGAGGCUGGUAAUGGUUAAUGGAGCAUUUCUAAUUCUUUAUUGAUCAGUUUAUCAUUUUUGUUUGGCAGUAAUGCAGCUAUAAAUGUUGGUAAUCUAUUAAGAACAUGAUAAUCAAUCAAUUUUAGUCCGGCUACUUUGCAGUUAUUUUCCAGUUACAAAGUACAAUGAGUAAAAGGGAUUUUUCACAAUUUAAAAAACCAAACCUUGUCAUUAUUACUGCCUUAUAAAUGCAUUAGACUUAUUAGGAUGUUAAUCACAACUUGCAAUCAUUUAUUAAGAAACUAUCAUUUUUUAUCACCUUAGCAGUGACCAUGUCCAAGCUUUCUGAAUGCAAACUGAGUGAGUUGUGCAGGACUAACUGUUGCAUUUGCCACAAACCUCCCUGCGCCCACAUAUGACUCAUGUGUAACUGGGUGAGAAAAGUCUGCUGAAGUCUCUUCAGCCUCGCUCUUUACUCACCAGCCCUUCAAUUUGACCUCCUUAAGAGCUGCCACAAACUAUGCAAAGCUGUGAUGACGCCAACACUGGCAGAUGAGACAUGAAGCGGAAAUUGAAAGAGAGAAUUGUCUAUUUUCCUUUUCGUCUGUCGCGUUCAUCCCAUCCAUCCUGUCAGGCGUGGUUCAGCACAUUUAGAAACAUCCCACCCCUUGGCUCACAGCUGCGCGCAACAUCCCUCGUGGUUAACUAGCAUCUGGGUUACUGGAAAGCAUGAGGGGAUGGGACUACCAGAGAAAAUGUCCAUGCUGACUCCUUAUCUUUCAUUGCAGGGGGUUAAAGAGGAAAUGCGCUCCCAAUUUCACAACAGACCAAAGGUAUAAUCGCUGACAAACGCCAGCCUGUGGGUGCAUGUGGCGAUGGAGAGCCCAAACUUUACGCACGGAUAUGUCUCCGUUAACGAAACUAUGCCUCUGCAUUCACAAUCGGUCAGCGUCCAGACAGCAAUCGCUUUACCUAUUUUCAUGUUUGCUGGGGGCGCCAUUGGGAAUUUGAUUGCAAUAAUCGUCCUUUCAGUAUCGAGACAGGAGAGAAAAUCCUCCGCUUUCUACACGCUGGUGUGCGGUCUGGCGGUGACGGACUUGCUGGGUACCUGUCUGGCCAGCCCGCUUACUAUAGCCAACUACCUGGACCAGAAUGUGCUGAAAAACUCACACGUCUGCGAGUUUCAAUCGUUUUUGUUGCUGUUCUUCGGUUUAACAGGUCUGAGCAUUAUAUUCGCCAUGGCAGCAGAGCGCUACCUGGCAAUUUGCUGCCCCUACACCUACCAGCGGUGGGGGGUGGACAGACGCUUUGCGCAAAAGUUCCUCAUCUCCAUUUACAUCAGUCACAUUGUCUUCUGCUGCCUCCCGAUGAUCGGCAUGGCGGGGAGCUUGUUGCAGUCGUCCAGCACCUGGUGCUUCAUCGACUGGAACACGCACAAGCCGCGAGCCGCCGCUUACUCCGCGCUGUACGGCGUCGUCAGCCUGCUGCUCAUCCUGGGGACCAUCGUGCUGAACCUGGCGGUGUCCGGAGCGCUGCUGCUGAUGCGGCAGAGGACGGUGCAGCGGCCCGUCACCAGAGCCAGCGUCCGGGAGAGGUGGAGGGCUCUGUCCUCGGCCGCAGAGACGCAGAUGAUGGCGGUGCUGGUGAUGACCUCCGCGGUGGUCCUGGCCUGUUCAGCCCCGCUGGUGAUCCGUGUGUUUGCCAACUGCUUCAUGUUAAAACACGACCCCAGAGCUGACCUGGCUGCCAUCAGGAUAGCCUCUGUUAACCCCAUCCUCGACCCCUGGAUCUACAUCCUCCUCAGGAGGUCUCUGUUUCGACGAUUACUCAGUUUAUCGAGGGGAAGCAGCAGCACUCGAAGUAGUUCCUCCUCUACACCACAAAGGAAUCUGUUUUAUCCUGAUAUCAUGAAGGACAGCCACGUGUUCACCCAGCUGAUGUGCAGCGCAAACAUCAUCACUCAGCUGCCUGCUACUGUCAAAUUCACUCCGUGUGACACGGAGAGCCUCAACCAGACUUAAAACACUGCAGGCUGAAGACAAGUUUGAUGAAUGUUUGCUGCUUGAUGCAGCGUCACAGACUCUGUUUCAGAGCUGUCACCUGUGAGAUGGAAAGACGGUGACGAGCCUGUGGCCCACAGUUGGGCCGAGCUCCUGGAGGAUUAUUUAUUGAAUAAAAGUGGAGGCCUGCUCUGAUAUCAUGUAUGGAGACGCAUGACGCACACGGGACUUACGGAGGUGCAACAAUAAGACAUGACUGAGCCUGUAUUCUGUAACUUUGACUGUCAUCCACCCUCUCCUUGUCCACUCAGUGCUCCGCCCUCCUCCUUACCAUCACAUCCAGAUGAUGUUGCACUUUUCGUCAUUCUUUCUCCCCUCACUUCCAGCUCCUCCGUCCACAUCAUUAGUCCGUCCUCUAGUUUAUGUGAACGAAUCAGUUGGAUGCUCCAGGGAUACACAGCUCCUGCAGGUAGAUGAAUAGCUCAUUUCAUCUAGAGACAAUUUUCAAUUGACCUGUGAGUCAUGGAAGGUCCAGUAUUAAAAGUCACGUCUUCAUAUAGCAGUGCACAGACAUCGCAGGAAAACCUGGGCGAGACCCAUCACAGCUGUUUUUAUGAGACACCUGACGUGGCUUUGGGGAACUCCUCAGGAGGUAGUUUUGCAUUCGGAGAGACACUGAUAUGAACUUGAUAAAGCACUGACUAUGUGCUGCUGACGUCUGUUUGUAUUAAAGAUUCUUGUUUGCAGUAAAACUGAGCCUGAGUUUGUCUUUAAUCUCUAUCACUUAGCAAAUAAGUAAGUUGGUCUUUAGCCGCUUUGGACCUGAUCAGGACUUGGGCUCUACUAAAUGACUACAUUACUGUUGAUGCAGAUGAAGAUGCAUCUACAUCAAUAUCACAAGAAAAUAUUUAUUUCCUAAUAAUUUCUUGAAAGUUCCCUGGAAAGAAUGUAUGCGGGACGUAUUUUGGUACGAAGUACAAAGUUCAGAGAAUGUUAUAGAGUUCAGAUCAGAUCAAAUCAGUGAGUUAAGUUUAUUAUAAAUUUCCAGAUGAAUUUCCAUGAAUGAAAUUGCUCGAUUUAAACUCCAAUACACUCAUUCAUGUAUUAUUAAAAACUUUACUCUUCAUUUGUGUUGAGAUGCUUUUUUAGAACCAUGCACAUUUUGCAUGUUUACCUGAAUGUUG